AUUUAUUAUAUUUUUUUUUUCACGGAUACUUCUUUCAUUCACUUACAUUAUUACCAAAACAAUGCUUUUCAAUCGCCCCUUAUUCCAAGCUGUUACUAAGGUUUCAACCGGCCUUGCUGGUAUUCCCGUUCACCAAAACCCUCGUCCUCACUUGAUUAAAACAUACAACAGCACACUUGAAGCUUUGGCUCGUAUCCCUGCCACUGCUGUAUACAGACAAGCUACCGAAGCUUUGACUCAACAACGUUUGAGCAUUGUCGAAUCCACCGAGAACAUUAGAGAGAUCGAAGCAAAGAUCGAGGUCGGUGAAAUCGAAGAAGUCAUUAUGCAAGCUCAAGAGGAACUCAAAUUAGUUGCAAAGAUGGAAGAAUGGAAGGCUUGGGAACAACUCGAAACACCUAUUCCUGUUGAUCAAUGGGUUUACCCCACCAAGGACUAA